AGGUGGAAGAACUGCACACUCAAAAUUUGCCAAACCCGUUCCUACACUUGAAAACUCCACUUGCAAUAUUCAUCGAGGAAGUGAGCGUGCAGAGUUGUUGAAACAAACUAGUUUGAUAAUUUGGGAUGAAGCAACAAUGGCUCAUAGGUAUUAUGUCUUACAAAAAAUAUGUGCCUUCAAAGUAGUAAGGAUACUACAAAUAUUAAAGAAAUUCAAGACUUUUCAAAGUGGAUGUUAGAGGCAGGAGAUGGGAAGAUAUCUGAACCAAAUGAUGGUUAUGCGACUAUACAGAUUCCAAAUGAAUUUUUGAUAACAGAUUAUGACGACCCAAUUCAUGGCAUUGUUGAAAGCACGUACCCUAACAUACUACAACAAUUCAAAAACAAGGAAUAUCUAAAGAGUAGAGCUAUUUUGGCAUCAACCUCUGAAAUUGUUGAUGAUAUCAACGAGUACAUACUUUCCUUACUCCCAGGUGAACAUUUAGAGACCGGAGUAGAUGAAGAGAAUUAGGAGCACCCGGACUAGAGGUGAGGAUGAUUUUGUCGAUUGAUGAUUGCUUGCAUGGCCCGAGAGCGAAUUAGAAGUCGCCUUAGUUAUACUAGUCAUGAAAUAAACAUUUACUUUACAAAAACUUUAUUUUUAUUAAAUUAGUUGUUAUGUUUUAGUUGCCUGUGCAUCCGGUUGAGAGAUGACCGGAUGUGGCGGUAACACCCAUUUCCCUUAUUAAGACUUCCGCUGUACUUUCUUUAAAUUUUCAUUAUCAAUAAAUAAAAGUUUUAU